CUUAUAACCAAAAUCACUUCCUUCCAUUUAACAUUUGGAAGUGAUUCACUGUGGCACCAAUUAAAAAAGCAGAAAAAGAGAGAGACGCUAUUUAAAUUGGAUUGCCCUUGUGUAGCCCAUCACCCUCGUGACCAUGACCUCUCACUUCUCUCGUGUAUGAUUGAACACCACCAUCACUGUUGCUGUUACUUUUUCCUUUUUAACGUUUCCUUCCUUUCCAAUUCAGCAAUCAUCCCGUUCCCCAAAAGAACAUAGCAGUUCCCAAACAAAAAAGGGUCUGAUUGCUUCUGACAAGUCCCUUUAAGCAGUUUGUUGGUAUUAUCUUCUUUUUAUUUUUGCAGCUACCAAUUUGCCUCAAAUGGGGAGGCACUCUUGCUGUUACAAGCAGAAGCUAAGGAAAGGCUUGUGGUCUCCAGAAGAAGAUGAGAAGCUUGUUAGACAUAUCACCAAGUACGGGCAUGGUUGCUGGAGCUCUGUGCCUAAACUAGCUGGAUUGCAGAGGUGUGGGAAGAGUUGUAGAUUGAGGUGGAUCAAUUACUUGAGGCCUGACUUGAAGAGAGGUACAUUCUCACAACAAGAGGAGGACUUGAUAAUUGAGCUACAUGCUGUUCUUGGAAACAGGUGGUCUCAAAUUGCAUCACGCUUACCAGGAAGAACAGACAAUGAGAUAAAGAACCUGUGGAACUCCAGCAUCAAGAAGAAGCUCAUUCACAAAGGCAUUGACCCCAACACUCACAAGCCGCUUUCGGAGGUUAAGAACGGAAGAGAAGGCGAGAAGACGCCGAAAGCAGAAAAUUUCGGCGACGGAACCUCAGGAGGGUUUAGUUCUGUGCACUAUCUCAAAGUCGACACUCACAAGUCAGUGGAAAGAAAGCCAAUUUCACCAAAUGCGGAGCCAUAUUCACUCACUGGUUCUUUAAGCUUGAAAAUUCACCACCCGUACGCCGGUAAGUCGAUCAACCCCGCACCUGCAAGAAAAUUGUUUGCAGAAAAGUUCGCGGACCUCGGCAAGAAGAUCCCAGUCGAACCGACCCAUAUUUUCCCUUUCCAGCAACUAAACUAUGGUUCAGGUGCUGAACAUUCAUUUGAUCCAUAUCUGACCCACAACCUCAUGCUUUCUGAUUCGAAGUCCACCUUCCACUCCACUUCAGCACCUGCCAUUUUACCAGAGUCUCACGGUUUUAGCUCAUUGACUGCACAACCCCAAGAGAGCUUGAAGCCCCAUUUCAGCCUCUUCUCCAAUGGGAAGAUCAGAAACAGUGAACUGCAGAGCAACCCUUUCCCUUGGGACUUGCAUGCUGAGAAAGAAGAAGAGCAAACCCACCAACCCAAUUUCAGUGGCAACGAAUCAGAGGACUUGAAAUGGUCAGACUAUCUGAACAUGCCAUUCCUGAUUGCCAACGCAGUGCAGGGUCAAGAAAAGCAGGCUCCACCAAAUGGGGUUGUGUCAGAGGCAAGAUUCAUCUCAGAGUUGUCCUGUGCUGAAGGGAAUAACCAGCAGCAAGAACUGCCCUCACGGGGUUCAGAUAUUUACUGCAAGGGUAUCAGGAGAUUAGCUGCAGCCUUUGGGAAUUACUAGAUUUGUAAUUAACUUGCGUAGUCAAUGUAGCUUGACAGAUUUUUAAUUUGGGGUGACAAAUGUGAAAUAAGAGGCUUCGUUGGCUGACCAUUCCUCAGGA